GCUGAGCUCUCUCCGCCCCAUUCAGCUCGGCCUCCCACGUGCGAAUAGGCCCCUGGAUCCCAGAGGAUUGAAGCGCAUCGCCUGGAACCGUGACAAUAUUAAAACAGGCAGUUGCUUAACCCAAUUCUAGUGGCUGACCAAAUAUUGACCAAUGCGAGAGUCGCCGCGUAGCCCCGAAGUAACUGAUGCAAUACUCCGCCUCACAAUUCGUGGCCGUUGAUACGUCGCCGCACCAUCCAACACCAUUUGUUGCCCGCCGCUGACUGCUGGCCCCCCCCCGUCUGACCGAUCCCAGUCGCCUGAGAGGAAAAAAAGGGGACGAGCAACAGAUCAUGUCAACUCCCAUCUCUGUCGAUUUGCUGUCGCCAUAGCGUUCCCGUUAAGGUGCUCUACGCAGAGCCCUUUGGAAAUGCUGGAAACCGCGACCUCGGACCCUGACGAGGGCCGACGCUCGUCCAUCGAGAAGCGGCCCAUCGUCAUGCCCGACAUCCCUCCAGUGCCGUCGGCAUUCGAGAGGCUACCCGAUGAGAUCAUCCAGCAGAUUCUCGAAGCCACCGAUCCGAAUGGCUUCGCGUCGCUCGUGUUGCUCAACUCGAAAUGGAGAAGCGUGUCGCAGCAGGCCCAUCUCUACGCAUACCACUUGUCCCAGUGCCCUUCCUAUGCCGCUAGUCACAAAGCAUCCCCUGCCACCUCCGACGAGGACAGGCUGCCCGAACUCCGGCGCUUGUUUGCUAAGGAAGUGAAGAGGAACCUGUUCGAGGCCUACCUGCGACCGAAGCAGACCGUCAUCAAACUCAUAUCCAACUCGAUCAGCUCGUCGUCCUGUCCGGGCGGAGAAGGGAUACAGUUCAGUGCAUCGCCAAAGGGACACCAUCUGCUAGCCUACAACUCGUCUCGAAUCUAUGUCAUCGACGUUCGAGGGGCAGAAAUAGAGGUGAAGAGGGAGCUGAAGAUAUUGCGACGCCCGGCGGCGACAUGCAUCAACGACGAGGGCACCACGCUUGUGGUCCUCCUGACCGAGAUGCAAGUUGACGUCUACGACCUGAAAGAAUCCCCGCCGAAACGGUCCCAGUCCGUCAUCCUCGACAACAGCCCGAGGGCCCUCGCGCUCUCGCCUUGCUGCUCUGUUCUGGCCUCAGCAUACGCGGGCGGGAUCGAAGUCUCCUCCCUUGCCGCCACCGCUAUUUCCACCGACAGGCGCGCCGUAAAGUGCGAUGCCGUCGACUCGUUGGCUUUCUCUUUCGACGGGACCCAGAUCUUGGGCACGACCGCCCACUCGUCGCAUCCGAAUACGGUUAUUCUGACGGCGCCAUACUACGAUCCGGGGAGUCACAUGGCCGACGACAACAUCAGCGCACUGUGGACGACAUCUAUAUUGUUCCCCAAUACCAGCCGAGACUGCAGCCAUGCAGUCCUGCUCCAGAACGGGCGUUACGACGAGGCAGCCUGGACUUUUACGUACGAUCGCAGCUUUGAGACUUUCCGAGCAGUCCGCAUUGACGACUUGCGCAACGGAACGACAUACUUUACUGGGCCGAUUCCCAGUUCCACGUCGCAAACCAAGCUCAUACCCUGCACCCUGCCUGCUGCCUCGUACAACGGUGAACUUGUGUCCGCCGGCUUCCAAGGCAAUGAGGUCUGGCUCUAUGGCGUCCCGGAGGAUCUGGAUGCUGUUCCCGAGGGCUCGAAUGCUGGGAGCAGCGACAGCGGGUCCUCAACCGGGGGCCUGAACCGCCGUAACAGCGGCCCCUCCAUACGAUCUUCGCCGAGAUCGCAGGAGAGUCACGAGGCGGCGAGGGUCCCUCAAUGGCAGAUACUGUGCGAUAAGUUCCGAAACACUUUUGUCGGAGGCCGCAAGAUUGCCGAGCUCGACGGGGUCAACACGGUGAAAUGGGUCACCGACUUCGGCGCUUCUUCCCUCAAGGAGCGGCUCGUUGCUGCCGCUCGUGGCGUUAUGCCGCCCAAGCUGAUAACGGAGGAAGAUGGAAUCGACUUCGUCGACGGAGGCAGGAUCACGCUCAUUGAUUUCGAUUACGGAUUGGAAGAUGGCAAGACUAUCAAGGUCACGAUAGAGGUUGGCACGAGGGAACCGGAGACCCUGGAGGAAGAACGUCGUGACAUUGAUACCGAAGUGGCGAUUGUGCGGAGGAGGACCGUCGCGCAGAAUAGAAAGGGCCGCAGCGCGGUUAUUCGAGCUGCCACGACGACUGCGAACCGGGCUCCACCUCUGCCCUCGCAGCCUUCCUCGAGUCGGGCGGAAGGCGAAGCCGAACAUGAUCCUUUAGUCCCCCGCCGCGUCGGGCCUCUACCCAGAAGAACUGAACAGCAGGACAGCAUCAGCGAAGAGACGGAAACGCAGUCCAUUAUCGAGGAGCAAGAGGCAUUGGAUGCCCCCUACGCACAUGCCAGUCCUCGCUCGGGACCUACGCUACGCCGCGCUGCCACCGCGGUGGCCGUGAACCGCCGCCUUCACCCGUCGGCCGCAGCCGCCGGCCACGUCCAGUACCGCCGUGCCGAUGGCCGUGCCGAGCAUCCGCACGAAAGCGACGCAGAUAACUGGGUUCCGCCACCGCCCCCGUACCAGAAAGACGACCCUGGCGAUGUGCCUGUGUUCCUGCGCCAUGCAGCGACGGCGGCUCCGCCCGUCCCGCCCGUUCCCCCCGUCCCGCAAAUCCCGCCUGGCGCGAAUCGGGACCUCCAAGCUCCCGUCCAACAGCCACCACCUCCGCAGCCGCCUGCGUCAUGGCAGCAGCCAGGGAGGAGCCAGACCGCUGCACCCGAUCAGCGAGGGCUCCCGCCGUUAUCGCAACCUGUCUCCCAGCAUCGAAGGGUGCCGAGUGACAUGUCCUUGCCGACAUCACGUUCUAGUGAGGUUCCACGGCCUGUGUCGAGCCAAUCACGUUACCUCGAUGGCGAAAACAUUUACGAUGUCUCUCCGCCUGGUUCUCCCAGCAGGUUAUCUCAUGCUGCGCCUGCGAGGAUUCCUAGUGAUACUAGAACAGUGAGCGGCAGCACAACUGAGGGAAGUCAUGGAGCCAGUCAUGGAGCCAGUCAUGUCUCGCCUGUGUCCCCGGGUCUGAGUCAGCGAACUUUCCCGGCCGUUCCUCGCAUCCAAACCGUGAAUGCGCUGCCGCAAUCUAGUCGCGUGCCGGUCCUCGACUUUGAUAUCCCCUCCGCAAUGCUGAGCGGCGGCAUUUCAACACUGUAUGGAACCGUUCCCGAACCUAAGCGCAUCUCAAAAACCAAUACAUGGCCCACACAACCACCAGGUCCUGGAGCCUCCUCCGCUAUGUUGCCUACAGGCUACCCGUAUUCCGCUCCGCCCACCAAUUUCAGUGGGAACCAACUAUUUGAGCAGUCCCUGCCACCAGCUCCGAGAGCAGAACAACCUGCUAGCCUGAACAGCCCAACAGACCAACCCGCACACAGAGUCUCGGGCAGCUUCCAACUCCAGCGUGUCCCGGUCGGCAACCGGACCAGCGCUGAAUACACUCCCAGCCAAUCAUACCAGCAAUCAGCGCCAUCGCAGCAACAAUCUCAACAGCCGCAGCAGCAAGCUCCGCAGGCGCAGGCCGAGCCGGGGCCGCAACAAGACCACCUGCACCAUCCCGCCCCGGGACCCCACCAGCCACGCCCGCGCCGCGAGCCGCCCCCUCCAGUGGAAGACACACCGCUGAUCAUCAGCACGCCAAAGGGCGUCUCGGGGGCAUUCGACCCGCCCGGCCGUCGCACCUCGGGCCGCCGCGCCGAGACCCAGAUCCUCGCCCCCGUGCCGCGCCACGCGCGCGCCACCGCACAGGCGGCGGUCCUCCGACCGCCCCCCGCCGAGCGGCUCGACACCACCAUCUACAGCACCGCCUCUGGCUCGGGCUCGGGCUCGGGCUCGGGCUUGGCUGGCUACCUCGUCCCGCCGGAGCAGCAGCAGCAGCAGGGGGCCGUGCGGGUGCCGAGCCUGAACAGGAGGCAGUCGCGGGCGGAGCGCAGCGCGGCCAAGAACAUUGCCGACGCGAAGCGGCGCGGCUGGUCGGGACGGCGCAAGAGCAGCAAGCGGCAGCGGAAGAACAAUAAUAGGCAGAGGGAGCGCGCCGACUACGACGCUGCGAGCAGCGCUGCUUGGACGGACGUCACUACCGCGAGUGCGAGGUCCGGGGGGGGUGGGGGUGGUCGGUCGGAGGUGAGAGAUAAGAAGUGUGUUGUUAUGUGAUUUUGGGUCUCUUGCAUGUUUCUUUUGUUUUGGUUU